CUCGUCUAAGUUCAGAGCACGUUUGGGCUAUGCCAUCCGCCAACGUGGUAGACGAGAAAGCGCACGGCAAGGAGGACGCGGUGCAGCCGUCUCAAGACGUCGAGCCGGCGCCCAGUCGGCCCCGACGCGUGGCGUUCACUGGCACAUCUGUGGCGGUGAGCUGUCUCUUCCUUAUCAACCUCGUGGUCAUGCCACUCAAGCCCUACCUCACUGAGCCGUUGCCCGUGUCCGAAGCCUUCCGCGCCCCUUCGUUGUUUCCAGCCGUCGCGCCACCUUUGUCCUCCACGAAUGGACAGCAGCAGCCAGGGCCCGUCACUCAGUUCGAGCGCCUCUACAACGCCGGCACCCUUCCUCCAGAUGUCUCGUACUUCUACGAUCCAGUACAUGUGGUGGAAGUGAUGCGCACGGGUGUGUCGAGCACGUCGUGCGACGACGCGGAUGCCCUUGUCACGUCUGUAUUGGGGGUACCCUUCUUCCCACCAGAUGUCAAAAGCGCCAUCGUGGAUGCCGUGUGCUCAUUGUCUAGCAACGCCACGAACAACUUUGGCACCGUGGGCCGUUCUUGGCGAAUCUAUCUCGGGGCAAAGAAGGUGGACUGCUUGUCUGCUGCGUGGGUCGUGAUGUUACCAGCUCACAACUCGACUACGUCCAACGUGGCUACCAUAUACUAUGUGUUUGCGCCGCACAUUCUAUCCCCAGCUUGGAUCAUUGCCAAGCUAAGCUACCGGUUGGUGAUCAGCGUUUGCAUAUUCGUGUACAGCGUGUAUCGAUACUAUCGUCCGUUGUGGCACCUGCGGUGGAGUUUGCAGCGCCAGCCACUGCACGUGUGGUCCACCGCCGUACGGUACGACGUGGUUGUGGGCGAGCCCACGUGUUUGGUCCUAUCAAAUGCGUGGGUGUGCUUGGCGUUUGUAGUGGACUUUUGGGGCAGCACCGAGUUCUUUGGGUCGGCGUGCCUUCGCAUGGGCCAAACCAACGACAUCGGGCUGUUUGUCUUGGGCGUGCUGUACCUUGGCCGAACCGUGUGGUGUGCGUACGCGAGCUUGGUCGUGCUAAACGCGACAUUGAAACGACUGCACAUGGCGCAAUGGGCCGUGCCUGCCAACACAACCACGCUGGCGAUUGCCGUGACCGUCGGUGGCGGGUUUCUCACCAGUGUGCAGGUCAAACUGCCGCCCCUCAUGGCGUUCUACACGUGGCUGCUCACGCUCGUGAAUACCGUGGACGGCAAUGGAAACGUGGUGGCCUUGGAUGAUACCGCCGCCAUGGUCGUGUAUGUCGUGGGCAUGACAGCAACAUGCUUUGGGAUUGUGUUGGGCAAGAAGUACGUUGGCCAGAGCGUGGCCAGACGGCGCUCGCAUCUGCGACACCGUAUCCAGACGAUUCAAGUGGGAGCCACCACUCGCGCCGCGACUCCACGACUGUCGGAUCUGCCUCAGCCCCCGCAGCGAUCGGUGGAAAGUCGCAUGGCGUUCAAUGACUUUAAACAUCAAAUGGUUCUGUGGCUUUGUCGCAUGGGGUCCACCGACGACGGCGUAUGUACGGGAGGCAGUGUAUACCGCAUCUUCCAGUUGUUUCCAAUGGUACAAGCCCAGUGCACAAUUAGUCAAACCGGAAGCGAUUGCUACGUGUUUGCAUACAACGCUGCGGACGAGCUCAUCGAAGUCACCCGCGUGAGUUUGGUCGACCAGAUCGACUUGACACAGAAGACGACCGCCCGACCGGUGCAUCAGACUGUUGUGGAGACUGCACCCGCAGUCGGCUCGUUGGUCCUCGGAAGGGAGAAGGAAGGCGCGGCAGACGUCACGCUCUAUCGCGGCGCCAAUAACUCGCCUUGGGUAGCAUAAAGCCAUCGUUCGUUCGUAAAAUGAAAGGCUCCACUUGUUUCAUUGGA